AUGGCACUAAUGUACAGCGAGAACGUAUACAUGAAUCAAAACGAAGCGCAUCAUCAUUCACGUACAUACAACGAUAAGUUAUAUUUACCUACACACGCGCGUACGCAUUGGUUUGGAACAAUGACAACAUUAAAUUCUGAAAACGAGUGUGACUCAUCUCGCUCCGGUCAGACAACAUCAGGAGCAGGAACCGACAGUGGUUAUGCUGGAUAUCAAUACAAUGGCCAAGGUGAAAAUGGUCACAAUGUCGGUCUUAGCGAUGGCCAAACUAUGAACACAUCUCAAACAGGCUACUCACUAGGCAGUGGACAAGGCACGUCGAACGGACCAAAACCAGAAGAUGAUAGAAAAUUAUUUGUUGGUGGUUUAACUUGGGAUACCACACAAGAUGAUUUACGAGAAUAUUUCAAGAGCUUUGGCAAUAUUCUUGAUUGUUCUAUUAAACAUGAUCCAUCGACAGGACGAAGUCGUGGUUUUGGGUUUCUUAUUUUCGAAUCUAAAGAUAUUGUUGAAAAGGUUCUCUCACAGAACGAUCAUUUUAUUAAAGGAAGAAAAGUUGAUCCCAAAACAGCGCAUCGUCGCUUCAACGCUACAAACAAUCAAAUGAAUACCAACUCCCAUAAUAACGCAUUUUCACAAUCUUCGCUGUACGGUGUUGGUCAAUCAGCAGCCAUGCCCUACACAAAUACGGGUUCAAAUGGUACUAAUCUCAAUCCGUAUAGUAACAAUCGCAAAGUGUUUAUCGGUGGUCUCGACCCGUCGUUUCCCGAUUCGCAAUUACGAGAAUAUUUCUCUAAAUUUGGAAAAAUCGAUGAAAUUGAUUUGCCUUACGAUAAAGAGAAGAAUGAAAGACGACCAUUCUGUUUUAUUUCAUUUCAAAAUGAACAAGCGGCACAAGAAGUCCUUCGAUUACAACGACAUACCAUUGGUGAUAUAAGUGUGGAUGUUAAACGUGCAAAGCCCAAAACAGGCAAUAACCAUCAACAACAAGCACAACAGCAUUUAUAUGAUCCAUAUGGACAGCAAACCGGAUACAGUAACUAUGGAAACAGAGCUUCCUCUUAUGGUGCAGGUGCAUAUCCAGCAAAUGAUGCGUAUACUCAUUGGAAUGCAUACACAUACAAUCAACAGGCAAAUCCGGCGGCUUAUCCGUAUGGUAAUCCAACUGCCUUGACUUCUGCUACAUCUUCUUACUCUCAAUACUCUGAUCAUUCAUCAAAUCCUCAGUAUUCAUAUCCCCCAACAAAUGCAGCAGAUUCCAAUGAAUAUUACUCACAGUACGGAUAUGGUGCUCCACCAUCAAGCAAUGUCUAUGGUGACGCAAGCGCAUACAAUGGUAGUACUGGUGGUGGUAGUUAUGAAUACUCUACAUUUUAUGCACCAAUGCAUAUGGGUGCGAAUGGUGCCAUGACUGACAAAGGUGUUGGAGAACAGCCAGGUAAUUCCGCAGUCUCGAUUCUAUCCUAUUCUGUCGAGAACAAGGUGAAGAGCAAAGGUCUCACAUUUGCUCCAGAUAAGCUAGGCAUCCAUCUUUAUCUCUCAUUCUUCAUUGUCGAACUACGUUCUGAUAACUCUCUUCUACUGAAUGAUGUCAUCAACAAAUCACGGUAG